CGCUGACAUCUGGAGGCGCUGUCUUACUUGCAUCAAGGCCGUUUCCAUUUUUCCAUUUGCGUCAUUCCGGCUCUUUCUUUUGCUCCCCUUCUCCAGACAUGAGCAUCAACCUGCGACGGCCCUUCUCAUGCGCGCGACGAGGAUCAUCCACCAGCAUCCCGACCACGCCGACGUCCUGCGCACAUGUAUAAGAUCGCGUUGACCCGACACCAUGAGCGCGCGGACGCUGACCAACGUUGUGAACGACCAGACGGUCGCGCUUAAUGCUCUGAUAUAUGGAUACGCGGGCCACUCCCUCGUCACACCACAGCAUGCGCUCCAGCAGAUUUGGUGGACUGAAGAGAGGAUCAACGAGAAAGUUACACCGGACUUCAUCACUUCCAGGCUGCGCCCUAAUGAACGAGAAUGGCUGCAUCGACCCGUGGGUUUUGGCGACCUUACCGACGACACAUAUAUCGAGUGGAUCCUAGAGAAGGCAAGGCGCUUGUUCCUGAUUCUGGCCGAGAUUGGAGAGUCGGACAGAAUUUUUGCCGUGGUGGAAAGAGCGUGGGACGAUGCCGAUUUGCCGCUUCAGAUGGAGGAUAUCGAGAAGCUCUCACUUGCGAACAGGCGAGACGACCAGGCCAACGCUCGGUUCUACCACACGCAGUUCUCCUUUCUCCUCCGCGUGCUGCGCGAAGGCGUCCACAUUGAUUACGCACCAAAUGAGGAAAUUCCGCUCGAAUACGUUAUGGAAUUGCCGCCGGCCGUGAGCCUGCAGCAUUGGUCGCGGGUGCAUCUCCCAAAGAAACCGAAUGAGGUCUAUGUCAGGAGGAAGUUCUCUCUUGGAACCCCGGACUCGCCGGACGCGUACGUGGACGACUAUCUUAUGGAUGUGGAGAGUGCCAAGAUGGUUGGACAUGACCAUAUCGCGCCAGUGUGGGCUUCGUAUACGGCAAAAGGGACUGGGUUCACCUUGACGAACUUCGUGGGGCAGCAUACCCUAAAGACAUUUAUCGACCAUCGAAAGCCGCUACAGUAUCAAAGGGUACCAAAGCCGCAGAGGAGAUAUCUGGUGCUCAACUGGUUGCACUGUUUGGCGGAUGCGGUGGCAACGCUGCACCAAAGCGGAUUCUGCCAUUCGGGUAUCCGCCCUUCAAACAUCAUCAUUGAUGAGCGCAACAAUAUCGCCUUCAGCGACAUUGCUAGUUUGGAGACAUUUCAAAGGGACAAGAAGCCGGAUCCAAUGGAUGCAUACGUGUACGGGGCACCGGAGGCUCACAUCUCUACGGCCCCAUCGGAGCCGGACACCCCAGCACCCGCGCCCAACAUCGGCACGGUUCGAAAGCCCUCGAGUGCGAGCAAGACCUCCGCCGGUUCCUCCAACAGCAGUGGCUCUCAGCGCCAGAAGCUAACCAAAACGCCAACAAGCGAUUUCUCCGGUUUCAAUUUUGGCUUCAGAAAGGGAAAGAAGCCUGUGAAACCACGCUCGCGGAUCCAUGACUCUGAGCAAGCGGACAUGUUCUCUCUGGGCUGCGUUUUCCUGGAGCUGGUGACUUUCAUGCUGAAGAAGAAGCCGCAUGAGUUCAUCAAGCACCGUUCGUCGAAACAAAAGAUCAACGCGGGAGGUAAGAACUCUCGUGUCGACUCGUCCUACCAUGCGAACUUGGAGAGGGUAGAGAGCUGGAUGAAGGUUAUCGAGGAUGCAGCUUUGGCGGAGAAAGAGGAUGCCUUCCGCGCCAUGCCGUACAUCAUGAACCUCAUCCGCGGUAUGCUCAGCAGAAAUCCCAAUAUGCGCCCGACCGCGAGAGACGCUCGCGACCGAUUGCUCGACAUCCUACUAAACUACACUUCUAUUCCGGAUGUGCACUGCGGCGCACACAAGCACGACAUCGGUGUCGCAACAUCCUCCAACUCAGGCUCCGACCGGGCCUCCACUAUAUCUUCCCUUCGCCCAUCUUCCGUAUCGACCAUGUCCACGAUGUCUACCAUCUCCACCGCGAGCUCCGAUGCCGAUACCAUCCGCUUUUCCACCACCUCCUCCAAUAUGCGCGUAUCCUCGAUCCUAAACUCGUACACGGACCGCUCGACGCUAUCGGGGAUAUCGGAGCUAGACGACGACGACGCAUCGACGUAUACGGUAGGAAGGUCGACGCCGGCACCCAUCGAUAUGUCCUACGAGUCUCCAAGGAGAGCACCUCAACCACCGACACCGCCCGUCUCGCCCAGGUCUCCGAAAUCGCCCGCUUCGCCUGAUCUGGAUAGGUCUCCGAGCCCGUCGAGCUCGACCGCGACUUAUAAGAUUAAGCCUUGGAACAAGCCGUUCCUCCUGCUGCCGUAGUCGAGAGUGUGGGGAAGCUUUACAAGUACCCCCCGCC